AAUACCAGAAAGAAGAUACGAGUUUUUUCUGGUAAUGUUUUUUGCUACUGAUGAGAUCAACAGGAAUCCUUAUGUUUUACCGAGCAUGUCUUUGACAUUCUCACACAGUGGUGGCAUGUGUGAAGAUAUAGAUGAAUUUCUGGAAACAAUAUACUUAUCACAAAAUAAUCCUUUGCAUUUUAUUAAUUAUGAAUGUGGAAUACAGGGAAGAUGUGGUGUAGACCUUAUAGGACCAUUAUGGACAACAUCCUUAAAACUGACAAUUGAUUCUAGAUUUCUGAAGGUUUUCUUUGGACCAUUUAAUCCUAACUUGAGUGACCAUGACCAGUUUCCCUAUGUCUAUCAGGUAGCAACCAAGGACACACGUUUGUCUAAUGCUAUGGCAUCCUUGAUGGUUCAUUUUAGAUGGACUUGGAUAGGACUUGUCAUCUCAGAUGGUUACAAGGGCAUUCAAUUUCUCUCAGACUUGAGAGAAGAAAUGCAAAGGCAUGGGAUCUGUUUAGCAUUUGUGAAUAUGAUCCCAGAAACCAUGCAGAUAUACAUGACAAGGGCUAAGAUAUAUGAUAAACAAAUUAUGGCAUCAUCAGCCAAGGUUGUUAUCAUUUAUGGUGAAAUGAACUCUACCCUAGAAGUCAGCUUUAGAAGAUGGGCAUAUUUAGGUGUUCAGAGAAUCUGGAUCACAACCUCACAAUGGGAUGUCAUCACAAAUAAAAAAUAUUUCAGUCUUGAUUUCUUCCAUGGUACUGUCACUUUUGCACACCACAACAAUGAUAUUACUAAAUUUAGCAAUUUUGUACAAAUAAUAAACUCUUCGAUGUAUCCAAUAGACAUUUCUCAGAUUAUGCAGAAGUGGAAUUAUUUUAAUUGUUCAAUCUCUAAGAACAGCAAUAGCAAGAUGGAUCAUUUUAUAUUCAACAACACAGAGGAAUGGUUAGCACUGCACAAAUUUGACAUGUCCCUGAGUGAAGAAGGUUACAAUUUGUAUAAUGCUUUGUAUGCUGUGGCCCACACCUAUCAUGAACUCAUUCUUCAAAAAGUAGAAUCUCAGCAAAUCAAAGAAUCCAAAGGAAUAUUCAAUGACUGU